AGGACACGUUCUCCCUCCAGUCCUCGAUCUCUAUCAACUACCCAGCUUGAAUACGAAACCUUGUUCAUUUGCCUGCGCCCUGUUGGACGAUUCAGAUUUGCAAAAUGAAUUCCACCGUGUUUUCUACGUCGCCAGAGACGUACUGGAGCCACUACGAAGAAGUCUCCAAGUACAAUGUCCACCUCAAUGUUUUCGAGAAACUGUGGGAAGCCUGGUACGCCUACAUGCAGAACGAUGUUCUGGCCACAGGUAUCAUGUCCUUCGUGAUGCACGAACUGGUCUAUUUCGGCCGAUCCCUUCCAUGGAUCAUCAUCGACACUUUUGGUCUCUUCAGAAAGUACAAGAUUCAGCCUAACAAGAUUCCUACAUUGAAGGAACAAUGGGAAUGCGCAAGACUCGUUCUUCUCAGUCACUUCACCGUCGAACUUCCUCAGAUCUGGCUUUUCCACCCUAUGGCUCAGUACUUCGGCAUGGCUACCUCGGUUCCUUUCCCCUCUCUUUGGACCAUGGCAUACCAGAUCGCCAUCUUCUUUGUUAUGGAGGAUACAUGGCACUACUUCUCUCACCGCGCUUUCCACUGGGGUCCUCUUUACAGAGGUAUUCACAAGAUUCACCACCAAUACUCCGCUCCCUUCGGCCUAGCUGCAGAAUAUGCUUCCCCGAUUGAAGUCAUGGUUCUCGGAUUCGGUACCAUUGGCUGCCCCAUUGUAUGGUGUGCUUUCACUGGCGAUCUCCACAUCUUGACCAUGUAUAUCUGGAUUGUCUUGCGGCUGUUCCAGGCUAUUGAUGCUCACAGCGGCUACGAGUUCCCCUGGAGUCUACACCACUUCCUGCCAUUCUGGGCUGGCGCAGAUCACCACGAUGUUCACCACGAGAAGUUCGUUGGCAACUUUGCCAGCAGCUUCCGCUGGUGGGACUUUGUUCUCGAUACUGAAUACACUCCUGAAUCGGUGAAGCGCUGGCGUGAGAAGAAAGCCGAGAAGGCAGCCAAGAAGGCCAACUAGAGGAGGCCCUUUCCGUCUUUUGAGACCACUUUGCGUACAACGCUACUUACAUUAAUUUCCGCAUUUCAGCAUCAUCAACAUCAACGCUUUGUCGACUUGCUCCUCGAUGAAAGAGUAUGACCAUUUUUAACCAGACCACUGCAGGCUCUUGACACAACGCUUGCUUCAAAUUACCACUUUUUAAUUACUGUUUCUUGUGUAUAAAAGCCCUCGACCAGCUCAGGAUUACGAUUUUGCUGUAUCGUUAGACAGUCAACUUACAUAGACUUUAUGAGGAUAAAGAUAAUAUCAACGAAUUAUAUGC